GUCCGAACUGCUGCCGCGCUGAGCCGGAGUCUGGAGGAGGAGGAGGAGGAGGAAGAGGAAGGAGAAGGUCCCGAUCCCCGCGGCUCCGAGAAGGAGGAGGAGGAGGAAGGCUCGUCUGUGCACGGGAGGCUUCUUCGCCCCAGCAGCAGGAGGAGGAGGACCCGAUCCCCGGGGACAUGCCAUCUGCUCAGUUUCCUGCAUAAGACUUUGAACACUUUAAAUCAUGUCGCUCAAAAGAGGACUUUACGAGUGUCCGGAUCCAGCGUGCUGGAGAGCGGUGUUGAAUGUUUACGGGGACGCAAUCACAGCUAAAGGAAUGAAGCAGAAAAAUCUCAUCGCCUUGGAUAGAUGGUAUCAGGAGGAACUUCCAGGGUCUGUAACCGGACGGAAGGAGAAAUAUUUGACUCGAGAGGAACUGGUGAAACUGAUGGAAUGGAAGCUUGCUAGAGGCAAGUUUCGCCCACGUUUGCAACAAUUGGUGGCCACGAACUCCAGUGAGACAGUGGAAGUGUGUACCAAAAGAUCCUUCCAGCUUCUCCCAGAUACAGCAGCUGCUAUCACUGAACUGAGCAAGCUCAAGGCUGUGGGACCAGCCACAGCCUCAGCUAUUCUGGCCGCAGGAGCCCCCGAAGUGGCAGCAUUUAUGGCAGAUGAAGCAGUCGGCUCCAUCCCCGGCCUCAGCCCGAUUCAGUACACCCUCAAGCACUACCUGCUCUACUUGGAUAGGAUCAGAGGUUGUGCCCAGAAGCUGAGCGAAGCUGAUCCGGAGAAAACAUGGACUCCUCACUGUGUGGAGAAGUGUCUCUGGGCCUGGGCUGUUGCCGAAAAGCUUAAUCUGCCUUUGUUGAAAACGCUUUACGCAGAGGACGAAAAGGUCAUCAGCAACGGGGCCGCAGACACACAGCCCAGGAAGAAACAGAGGAGAAGAUGAAGCAGGUCCCAGAUAUGCUGUGAAUGUGGCCUUGGGGUUAGCCUCCAUCCUUCUGCAUACCAAGCAGUGUUCCCUCUCACAGGGAUUCCCAGAUGUUGUUGAUGACUACAACUCCCAUAAUCCGCAGCCGAAGGCCAUUGCAGCUGAGGAUGCUGGGAGUUGUAGUGAACAGCAUCUGGGAAUCCCUCUAACACAGAUACCAAGUCUGAAGAUGGACUAGACAGACACCCACCCAUUCUCUUUCAUCUCAGCCAGGGGUUCUCAACCUUCGGUCCCUGUCUGUUGUCGGACUACAGCUCCCAUCAGCCCCAGCGGCCUUGUGAACCCCUGAUCUAAGGGGUUAAUAGGGGGAGUUUGCACGGCUGGAUGUUCCAGGGAGCCAGGACGCCUGGAUCAAACAAUGCAACGGCAAUGACGUCGCAAUAAAUGCAGGGUGCAGAACAUGCAAAAGUUGUCUUGUGCAGGGGGGUGCAUGUGGGUGUAGAGGGCAUUUGCCAAGGGUGGUGCAUCAGAUUCCAGCACUGAGCAGGAGUUGGUCAGAAGAAGACCUCUAAGGUCCCUUCCCAAACUCACACCUAAGGGGAGAGUCAGUGGAUGGGAGGAACUGCAGGAACUGUGCACCUUUCCCCAGCCUGCCAGCUCUCUCUAGAAAGUCUCACCUGCCCCCAAGUUGUUCUCCCGGCUGGAUUCCGAAACUGGCGGUAUGCCCAGGUUGAGGGACAUUUGUGUGGAGUCGUGUUGGAGUAGGACUGGGGAGACCUGAGUUCAAAUCCUCAUCCAGCCAUGUAACUAAGAUGGUUUAGUUACAAGACGGAGGUACUGACUGUGGGGAGCCAGGACCCAAGAGAUGAUUUAGAUCUGCCUGUUCUGGGUGGGUUACACUCCCCCUGAAACAUUUAAUUAAAACAUUAAAAUCAUGAGCAUUAAAAUCAUUUAAAACCAACAGAAAAAAUUUAAAACUAUAAAUCUCAUUAAAAGCCUGGGUGAAUAAAUGUGUCUUCAGUGCCUUUUAAAAAGUCACUGAAAUAGCCCCCUGACCCCCCGUAAAUGACCCCUAACCCUCAGAUUGACCCUGGGACUCCAGAAAUCGGCCCCUCAAAUGGCCAACCUUUUCUUUUCUUUUUCUUUUUUAAUGGCACCAGCCACGAAUACUCAAGUCGUGGUUGGCGAAGGGGGUGCCAGUUUGUCAAUCGCGGGUACUCAAAUCCACGAUUGGCAAACCCGCGGUUGGGAAGGGACAACUGUACCACUAGAGGGCACAUCUUGUCUGCUAAUUUACGUUUGUAGUACAGUUCGCUCUUAUGUUGUGCGGACUGAUCUGUGAAAACGUUACUAUGGUGUCUUCAGAGUCAUGAGAUACCUUUGUAUGAAUCUCAAAAAUAAUACCCUAGGAGAGCAGGUCUUGUAGCAAGCAUGAAUUGCCCCCUUUGCUCAGCAGGGUCUGCCUUGGUUUGCAUUUGAAUGGGAGGCUACAUGUGUGAGCACUGGAAGAUGUUCUCUGUGGGGAGGGGGCCUCUCUCGGAAGAGCGCCUGCCUGCUUGAAUGCAGAAGGCUCCUUGGGUUCUCCCGUUAGUGCUGAAAGAGAGGUGAAGUGCUGGGAAGGCCUGUGGACGCUUGGAGGACCUUCCAUGGAGGGGUGGGGUUUGCAGCCACAGACACACCACCAGCUGGGAUUGUCUGGUUUGCUGGGUUCUCAGACCCAAAUGGACAUCCCUGCAUGCUCCUAUGGGGCAGGAGCAGCUCACCUGCUCUCCAACCCACCCCCUAACGGUCGUGUGGACAAAUCCUUGUAUGUGCCUCCAGCGUAACGUGUGAAUAGGGCUGUUGUUAAGGGGAGCGUGGGGCAGUUCUGUAGGGCCUUCUCCAUUUUAAUUAUGUUUUAGAUUGGUUUUAUUGUAACCCGCCCUGUGAUCGUUGGGUAUAGGGCGGGCUAGAAAUGCAAAUAAAUAAAUAAUAUAUACAAGGUUA